UGGCUCAGCCUUGGGCUCUGGCGCGCACGGAGGUGGGGCGUACGGGAGGUGAAGGUGCUUUGGAGAGAGCGUUGGGGCGCCUAGGAUUUCUGGGAGCAGAAGUUUGCCUCUUUCUGAGGUCCCCCUCGCUCUUCUGGGGGGCCGGGGUGCUUCCCCAAGGACAAAAGGUAGCUGGGUUCGGGAAUGGCCCCACGCGAAGCUGGGCGGGCAGGUUUUCCGUCAAUCAGCCUGACUUCACUGCGCGCCCCGGCCCCUUGGCGUUACCCUCGAACCGCCUCCUGGUGUCUCUGCUUCGCUGCGAUUGCAGCGUGUGGGCUAGGGCGGGAGGGAGCGAGCGAGGUAGGGGAGGGAAGGAGGGAGGCAGGGAAGGAGCCGCCGCUGAGUGAACAAACGCGCUGAGGAGAAGCAGCCGGGUCACCGCAGGCUGGGGCGUCCUCGGCUCCUCGUCUCCUCCUUCUCCUCCUCCCCACGCCGCGCCCCCCGCCCUCCCCUCCCUCCGCCCUGAGCCCCAGGGGACUGCAGCUGCGGGCGGCUCCAGCUGCCCCAGAUGUGGGCUGGGCGGCUCGCGGGCAACUUUAGCGCGGCUCCGCGUGCGGGGCUCGGGCUGCGGUUCGGCUGCCAUGGAUCUGCCGGUGGGAGCCGCUCGCCUCCUGCUCUGCUGGGCGCUGCUGCUGCUACUGCCGCCACUGCCCACGGGUGCCCUGAGCCGCUCCGGCCCCCGAGGUCCACUUUUGGGAAACAUAGAGGAGUAUAGACUUGUUAUCCCAACCAGCACAGAUGCAGAGGGCAACUUCUUAUCACAUUUGGUCUCUGGAGCUGGUAAAAGCCGAGCCCGAAGGGAUGUUGGGGACUUGCCCAGGGAGGAUGCCAAUGAACAGAUAUUUUACAAUGUCACUGUAUUUGGAAGAGAUUUCCACUUCAGGCUGCGGCGGAACUCCCGGCUUGUUGCCCCAGGUGCGACUGUUGAAUGGCAGGAAGAUUCCCACGAGACUCGAGUAGAGCCACUCUUAGGGAACUGCCUCUAUGUGGGAGGCAUCACCGGUCUGCCCAAUGCUUCUGUCGCUAUCAGUAACUGUGAUGGGCUGGCUGGCAUGAUCCGUACAGACAAGGACGAAUUCUUCAUUGAGCCUCUGGAGAAGGGAAUGUCAGAGGAGAAUGAUGGCAGGAUGCAUGUGGUCUAUCGCAGGCCCCCAUCUCCAAAGCUCUUUCUCAAUGACAGCAGGACCAUGUAUUCAGGGGCAGACCUGAGUGGCCUGGAUAACCUUAGCAGCAUGCUUGGCCUCAUUGAGGACCGAAUCAAUGGCUCAAAGAGACGAUCUCGAAGACAUGCCACUGAUGAUGACUACAACAUCGAGGUCCUCUUGGGUGUUGAUGACUCUGUGGUUCAGUUUCAUGGGAAAGAGCACGUCCAGAAGUACCUUCUCACCCUCAUGAACAUUGUUAAUGAAAUUUAUCAUGAUGAGUCAUUGGGAGCCCACAUCAAUGUCGUUCUGGUGAGGAUAAUCCUGUUGAGUUAUGGAAAGUCCAUGAGUCUCAUAGAGAUUGGGAACCCUUCCCAGAGUUUGGAGAACGUGUGUCAUUGGGCCUUUCUCCAACGGAAAUCAGAUACAGGCCAGGCGGAGUCCCAUGACCAUGCCAUCUUUCUCACCAGACAAGAUUUUGGCCCAUCAGGAAUGCAAGGCUAUGCCCCGGUCACUGGAAUGUGCCAUCCUGUCCGCAGCUGUACCCUGAACCAUGAAGAUGGAUUUUCCUCUGCCUUUGUGGUAGCCCAUGAGACCGGCCAUGUCUUAGGGAUGGAACAUGAUGGCCAGGGCAACAGAUGUGGUGAUGAGGUGAGGAUGGGCAGUAUCAUGGCUCCCCUGGUCCAGGCUGCCUUCCACCGUUUCCAUUGGUCCAGGUGCAGCCAACAGGAGCUGAAUCGCUAUCUCAACUCCUAUGAUUGCCUGCGGGAUGACCCCUUUGAGCAGGACUGGCCAGCUCUGCCCCAGCUGCCGGGAAUUCACUAUUCCAUGAACGAGCAGUGUCGUUUUGACUUCGGACUAGGCUAUAUGAUGUGCACGGCGUUCCGGACCUUUGAUCCUUGCAAGCAGCUAUGGUGUAGCCACCCUGACAACCCCUACUUCUGCAAAACGAAGAAAGGGCCACCACUGGAUGGGACCAUGUGUGCCCCAGGGAAGCACUGCUUUAAAGGCCAUUGUAUCUGGCUCACCCCAGAUAUCUUGAAACGAGAUGGAAAUUGGGGUGCAUGGAGUAAAUUUGGCUCCUGUUCGCGGACCUGUGGCACUGGUGUGAAAUUCAGAACCCGCCAAUGUGACAACCCCCACCCAGCCAAUGGUGGUCGUUCCUGUGUGGGACUCAGCUAUGAAUUCCAGCUAUGCAACACGCAGGAUUGCCCCAAUGCCCUGGAUGACUUCCGAGAGGAGCAGUGCCGCCAAUGGGAUCUCUACUUUGAACAUGGAAAUGCCCAGCACCACUGGCUUCCCCAUGAGCACAAGGAGGCCAAAGAAAGAUGCCACCUCUACUGCCAGUCACAAGAAACUGGAGAAGUGGUAUCCAUGAAGCGAAUGGUGCAUGAUGGGACUCAUUGCUCCUACAAGGAUCCCUACAGCCUUUGCGUACGUGGAGACUGUUUGAAAGUUGGCUGUGACCGGGUGAUUGGCUCUACCAAACAGGAAGACAAAUGCGGUGUGUGUGGAGGAGAUAACUCUCACUGCAAAGUAAUCAAAGGGACAUUCUCAAGAUUACCUAAGAAACAAGGUUACGUCAAGAUGUUUGAAAUCCCAGCUGGGGCAAGACACCUGCUCAUCCAAGAGACGGAUUCUACCCCUCACAACGUGGCCAUCAAGAGCCAAGAGACGGGGAAGUUUGUUUUGUAUGAGGAAAACUUGGUUCCUGAUUCCAAGCUCUUCAUUGACAUGGGUGUGGAAUGGGAGUAUCGGAAUGAUGAUGACCGAGAAACUGUCCAGACAAUGGGUCCUCUCUAUGGCGCCAUUACAGUACUGGUCAUUCCUCAUGGCAAUGCCAAGAUCUCUUUGACCUACAAGUACAUGAUCCAUGAAGAUUCCCUGAAUGUUGACAAUAACAAUGUUGUAGAAGAUUCUGUGAGCCAUGAGUGGGCCCUGAAGAAAUGGACUCAGUGUUCCAAGCCCUGCGGAGGAGGUUUCCAGCUUACCAGAUAUGGCUGUCGAAGGAAACUGGACCACAAGAUGGUACAUCGGAGUAAUUGUGACUCCAUUGAAAAGCCUAAAGCAAUUCGCAGAGCAUGCAACCUUCAGGAGUGUUCUCAGCCUGUGUGGGUCACUGGAGAAUGGGAGCCAUGCAGCAAAAGCUGUGGAAAAACUGGUUACCAGAUCCGCUCAGUCCGCUGCGUCCAGCCCCUGCACGACAACACCAAUCGCUCUGUCCAUACCAAGCACUGCAAUGAGGCCCGACCAGAAGGCAGGCGGGCUUGUAACCGGGACCUCUGCCCUGGACAGUGGAGAAUUGGGCCCUGGUCUCAGUGUUCAGUGAGCUGUGGGAAUGGCACUCAAGAGCGACAGGUCCUGUGCCGGACUCAAGAUGGAACCAUUGGCUCCUGUCGGGAGGAACGGCCUGAGACAGCAAGGACAUGCAGACUCUCCAUAUGUCCCCGAAACAUCUCAGAUCCUUCCAAGAAGAGUUACCUCAUCCAGUGGCUGUCUCGUCCAGAUCCAGACUAUCCAAUCCAGAAAAUCUCGUCAAAGGGACACUGUCCAGGAGACAAGUCAAUGUUCUGCCGGAUGGAAGUCCUGUCUCGAUACUGCUCCAUCCCAGGAUACAACCAGCUAUGCUGUAAGUCCUGUAGUCUCUAUAGUAACAUCACCAAAGAUAAUGGGACCGAGCCAACCUCUGGAAGAAACAAUGACAUUGAGGCACUGCUCCCUACGCUUCCAACCCCUCCAGAGGUACAGCCAUCUCUGGCACAGCCCCCAGCGACUCCCACCAGUGCCAUGGGUCCCAAUAUCACAGAAGAGGAACAUCCAGAAAUCAAUGCUGUGGACAUGCCCUAUAAAGUUCAAGGCCCAGACAAUGAAGUCCAGCAGCCCAACCUCAUCCCACAUAGAAGGACCCCAUACGAAAGGACCAAGAACCAGAGGAUCCAAGAGCUCAUUGCUGCGAAAUGGAGGAGAGAGAUGCUCGGAAGGUUCUAAUAAAUCAGAAAGAUGCCAUCGGUAGCAUAUUUUUUCCUCUUGGAGAGAUAUAACUGACAGCAUAGAUAUGCCCAUCCUAGAAAUGAGGGAGGAGUGGUGCUAUAGCAGAAAUGCCCAAUUCUAAAAGACUGAAAGAGAGAUGGUGUCAGAGGGGCAAUGAAGCAAUGACCAGGUUGGUUUCCAUGAUAGUGGGGAAUGUGGAGUCAGAGAAACCUCCCAGUUAGUUAUCUGACAUUCCUUCUAGCAGAGCACACAGAACCUGGGGACACCCUUGGGAGGCUGCUAUUUAAACAUGGCAUUCACCAACCUUUAGCAGAAUGGAUAGACAACCAAGAGAAAAUAGAGAAGGUUCUUGGAAAGAAUCCCAGGCCACAAAAAUUCCACUACAAAGAUGGCAGAGUUGUCCUGGGGCCCAAUAACAUUCUCUUAGUUCUUGAUCUCAGGAUUAGUCAGCCCAUGAAAUGCUCACCAAAUUUUAUUUUCCUUUGGGUUUCACCUUGGGAGAAGUAGAGACACGUUUGAGAGCCAAUGAGGGAUCAUUUGGGCCUUAUAUUUAGAGAAGGAAGAGGUCUUGGAAAUUAUCUAGUCCAACUCUUACAAUUUAUAGAUGAGGAAACUGAGCACCAUAGCGGAUAAGUGACUUGUCUAAGACCACACAACUUGGAAGCACUAUAGACAAGAUUUAAAGUCAAACCCUGUGACUCCAAACUAGAUCAUCUCUAACUGGAAACUGGGAAAUUUCUUUUAAACACACACACACACGUUCAAAGGUUAAUAGAGGAAAAAGCAUGUUCCCCUCUCAUACUUCCCUUACCAACCUCCCUACAGUGAUGACCCCUUCCUGUUAUCAGCCUCCAACCCAAACAGAGCUAGCAAAAGGAGGAGGAGGUGGAAAGACCUUUUACCUGGUAUUCCAGGCUAAGAUCUCUCCAUAAAUCUCUGCCAAAUAUCCAAGACUAUGGUUCACUUCAUGGACUGCCAAUAGUAAUAUAGAAGCAGAAGUAGAAAAAAUUACUUUUGGUAAGAGUUCCAAUGGAUAUCCAUGCUAAACAGCACUGGUCUGAUUGGGGCACUUUGGGCUAGGCAGGAGCAGAGGACUUUGCCCAGGAUGUCACAGAAUGUUAGAGUAAAGGUCAAGAGCUUAGAGGUCAAGUCCAAUCACAAAGUUUUUUUUUUUAUAUAUACAUGAGGAAAUGGAGGGCCAGAGUGGAAGGGACUUGCCAGAGGUCAUUCAGCUAGCUAGUGGCAGAGUCAGGACUAAAAUUCUGGUUUCCUCAAAUUGCCAUUUCAGUACAUUAUUGCCUAUACAUCACACCAUCUUCUGCUAUUUGGGGUUUACCCUCUGGAACAGUAAAACAAAGGCAAAUGGAGGUCCUGUAUUUUGCUAGCCUCAAGAAUCCUUCAAGAUUUGUUUUUAUAGGAGAUCAAGGUAUCCUAACUUUCCUUGUCAGGGUAUCCAAAGAAAUGGUUCCAAAGAUGCUGGGAGGAGGGUAUCAGCACCACUCCAAAUCUAGUACCCACCCCUAAAUGAAAUCCUAUCAAGGUUCCCUCCAUUGGAAGAGUCCUUUAGUGCUCCAUAGGUAUCCAUAGAAUAAUUAUUUGCCCUCCCCUCCCCCAAAGUUUGGUGAUCCAGCUUUUCUGUCAAUGGGGAAGAAUAAGCUUGGUGGGUCUCUUUAUAUUUUUCUAGAUUCUUUGUUGGAGAUUAUGACUAGACAUAGAAAUAUAAACUCAACAGUUUACAAAUCAAUGGUGCUUUAGCAACAGAAAAACAUGUGCCAAGACCUUUAUCUUCCAGCAAUGGUGGGAACUAGGAACUGCCCUUUCAGUCAAGGACAUCCUUCUCACACCAAGCUUUUUACUCAGGAGAGGCUGGGACAUUCAUUUAUCCUGAGUAUGUGAUCCAUGCCUGCCCAAGGUAACCCUUGAUGUCAGGUCCAUUUUAUUAGUUCCUGCUCCCUGCCUUCCAGUGCCCAUGAUGGGGGCAUAACCAAAGGUGCUCUGAUAGCUUCCCCAGUCUUUCAACAUUCCAUAUAAUGGUAGCUCUGGGACCCAGACCUAUGGGUUCCCUGGAAGGGAAGACCUUAAGAUUGUCAUAACAAUUAUAGAUUAACUGAGAUACUCAUUUCUCUUACUGUAAAGGUAGGUGGCAAAGCUCUGGAGAGAAGAGAUUGAAAUACUAAGGAUGAAAAGAAAAAAUGGAAGCAUUUCUUGGCAUUGAUACAAAGAGCUUAUUGUUUAAAUAGAAGGAAAAAUAGUUAUAGAAUAUGGCCCCUCCUAUAGAGAGACCAUAUUUAUUCUUCCUCUUCAUUGUGUGGUGAAGAUAGUGAACAGUGAACCAACCAUUGCAUUGAUUUUGCCCUGCUGCAGAUUCCAGAUAAGCCAGUUUGGUUGGCAUCAUUGGGAACAAGGCUCUUUUCCAUUGUCCUUUAAUUUUGUCAUAUGGAACUCACUUCUGUAAAGUGGGUUCCAGAUCUGUUCAUUUAGCUUUCAGUCACUAUGGAUCUUUAGGGUCAGAGAGAUCCUUUCAAAGCUCCAAUUUAUUGCAAUGAGAUUAUUUUUUAAAUGAAACUUAAUCCACCCCCAACCCUGCAGAAUCAUUUUCUUGCUUGACACUGACUAUUUUGAAGUGAACUUAGUAUCUGCACGUUCCCACAGUCACUUCCAAGAAAAUGAGGGACAGGGCUUGGGGUUUCAGAAGAGUCACUCUUCUUCAUCCAAGAAUAUCACCAAAUGGAGCCAUGUCAGUUUCCUUCAGUCUAAGCUGAAUCUAGCUCUGCCCAAUCUUCCUGCUUUUGGCAAAAGGAAUCAAAGACUCUAAGACCCAGAUACCUGGGGAAUAGUACACAGCAAAAAGAAGUCUUUCUGGUCAUGGACUACUUCCUAUGCUGUCUGUCAAAGAGAAAACAAACUCAGAUUUUCAGGAAACCCCACAAGAUGGCCCCUGCUAUCUGGCAGGUAAAAGUAUGAUCCCUAUUUUACUAAUGGGGCAAUAAUAAAUUAAGUCCACUUUUACAUGAAUUCUUAUAUUCUCUCUCUCUAGGAAGUAAGUAGUAUGAUUGUUGUUCUCCCUAUUUUACUAGUUGGGAGAGUGGGCCCCAGAAAGGAGACGUGGUUUGUCCAAAGUCACAUGUCUAGACUUCAGCAGAGUCAGGGUUCAAAUCUAGAUUCCCUAACACCAUUUCUAGCACUCUUUCUACUCUAGCUCCUGUCUGAGGCCAAGGGCAUCCAAAAGGCCAGUUAGGGCCUAUUGUGAGGAACAAAGUGCAAGCUUAGGGGACUCUACUAACAAAAUGGGCAGCUGGUCAAUGGUAGGCUAUUUCCCUACUAGCAUCUCUCCCUGAUUUGAGACCUUUUGCUUUGCAUGUGCUCCCAAGCAUGACCACUGUGACCUCACUGUGACCACUGUGAGUGCUGGUCACAUCCAAGAGUGCUGGAACAAUAGCCAACCCAUUUUCUCAGAUCAGAGAAAGUAGAGACUAUGCAUUUGAGUGAGGAAAGAUGUAUUCCUUAGAAAGAGAGCAAUGAAAAUGGGACAAGAAAUCUAGGAAUCUAACUGACAUAUUAGAGAUGGCUAAAGGUAUUUAGGAGUCAUGAAAUUACUAUUUAGGGUAAAAGGAAGGAUUUCUUUAAAAGAAAAAAAGAAUUCUAGUGAUAGGAAAGCACUUUCUAUUGUAUUUUUCUAUUUUAAAAGUAGUAUUUACAGUCUUUAACUCUAAAUAUUUCCAAAAAUAUGUUUCCCAUCUCAGUGCCAUUUAUUUUUGAUGCCUUGAACAGGAAGGUAUUUGUAAAAUCAAAAGGCAAAAGGGAUAACUUCUAGGCCCUUCACUCCCAACUCAUCUGGGAUCUCGUGUCCAUUGUGGGAGGGUAUACCAACUGAAGUGAGUUAAUUGGAUGCCUCUAUAGUCAAAAGUAGCCUGCAAGUGUUGAGCUCUUGUCUAGUUGUAUUACCCACAAGGAUGCUGUGGGGUAGGUGUUUGCCUAGUUGGGAAAGCCAAGUCUUUACAGUUCUACUCCAUAAAUGACAUCCCAAAGCAUUGGACCUUGGGAAAGGUCCUAUUGAGAUGAGGCUUAGAGACCUGGUCUCUAAGAGGCCUUUAUUCUUCUUGCUGAGCAACAACCUCCCCUCCCCACAAUGGACAAGACUGAACAAGCAAGCUUUGCAGUCAGUCUAAAAAAAAUAGUGAAGACGCUCUGAUGAACUCUGGCUUCAGAUCUAGGCCUUGGUGUCGGCAGGAUAGCAUGGGAAGGUGCUAGAGAUCAGGAGGAGAUGGGCCAGCGCUGGGGACCAGGAAGACUGGUGUAUAUAACCAUUGUCUACCCCUCACAGCAGGCUGGGGGGGAGGAACCGUCUGGGAACUCACAUCCUAGUUCUUCCAUGACUGUCUUGGAACUGCAGCCGAGUCGUGAAGAUCCCAGGCUUCAGCCCCAGAAAUCCAGAAGAAUCCUGAUGCAGCGUAUUGAGAGAGUACCUGGCUGGACAGGUGGCCCGAAAGGCUAGAUUCACUCUCUGGCUGAGAACCUUAGGACCAAUCGGGCACAGACUGACUCUCACAAGUGUUUGGGCUUCUUGACGUUGGCCACUACAGCUGAAAGAGUUACCGCUGCCUGUCAGGGGGUUUCGUCUGCCUCCAGUUGGUGCUCCUUUGCAGGUGAAUGAGCUGAGGUCCACUCUUCUUCCUCAACAAGGUUUAGGUUUCUAGGGUCUGACAGUUUGCACAUACAAUACAAAUGGUGCUCCCCCAAUAAGGCUUGCAGGGGGUCCAGGGACUGAAUCAUGUCAUACAUUUAUUAUUUACUCACAUUUGACGCACAGCCUUUGCCCAUUUGGGCAGAAUCCUUGUUCUGCAGGACAAGGGAUUAUGGUACCCAUGGCUUACAGGUAACUGCCACCAAUACCCAUUCUCAGUAGCAUAACAUGUAUAUACAGAGUUGAUCCUUUAAAUUUUAUAAUUUAUUAAAGUUCAAAUGUCUGUGUUUUUGCAAACA